AUGGACUUGGAACGCCCCGCCACAGAAAAGCUGGAGAAACCCAUGCUCGAAAGUUUGGCUCGCAAACCGAAUAUUCCAGAUCCACUGCACAAUCAAAGUGAAGUAGCAGACAAUGUGGAAGAAAACGCUUACAAUCAGUUGAGUGGUGAAAGGAUCAAUCGUAUCUUGCGAAGAAGCGAAGACGAGACUGAUGUUGGUUUUUCGACAGAUGGCGCUUCCAACACACAGGGUUCGGAAGAGUCAGAUAUGGAGCUGGAUGUUACACCACCUCCUUCAGAAGAACGUCAAGCUCUUGGCCAAAAGAAUGGACACGAUGCAACUGAACCAAACAAUGAGGUAAUUUCGAGCAAACGCGAAAAACAAUGUCUUGCUACCCCUUCAACUAGGCGACAGAAUUUUGCAACUACGCAGAUAAACGAAACCCAGCAGAAGCGCUAUAAUUUGAGGAGUACC